ACGUGCGUAAAAACAGUUCAACCUUCAACCGCAGUAGCUGUCUAAAUUCGGUGGGUUGUUAAAAUAGUUUGAGUCACACUUGCACUUUUAUUGGUGAUAUACGUGCUGUUCGAUAGGAAUGACAAAGUUAAUGUUCGCUAGAAAAUGGAUGGAAUUAUUGACCAGUGCAGGUAACUUUGCCUGCGGAGGAACAUCACUCACUGGGCAGCGGUAUGCUCGAUCUUUUGCUACGCAUGCCGGCAGGAUUUGUGAAACAACAGGACAGGAACAGCGGCCACCCCCGAGCGACCCGGAAGUUGUUCAUAGUCAACUUCAGCAGCGACUUGUGAAGCUGUUUGAGGAUGAAACGAAGCGGGGCUUGAUUAUUCCUGCAUUUAAACGAGCAUUGGUUUAUGGAGAAAAAUCAGCGGUGCGUGAUAACACCGGAGACUACAGCUUCAUACAAAUCUAUGAAUCCGUCAAACGUCUUGCUCUACAGAUUUCAAAUUGCUGUGGAAGUGCAUCUCAGUCCCGAGUAGCAUAUUUAUGUCCUAAUAAUGUUACUUACCUUAUCAGUCAGUGGGCAUGUUGGUUUUCCGGGCAAAUAGGUGUGCCGCUUAGUCCCAAAUACCCUCAGGAAGCACUGGAAUAUUUUCUGAAAGAUUCCGAUGCAUCGCUUCUGAUUGCAACGCCAGAGUUCCAGAAAGUUGUUCAGCCUCUAGUUACGAAACUAGACAUAAAACUCAUACUAGUGCAUCACGAUUUGCUUAAAUCAGAACCCAAACAGCAAAACGAACAACAACAGGAUGAAAUUUCACACUUGGAUCCCAGAAGAGAGAAUUUAAUACAACUGAAUGACACCUUACUUGUUGAAGGGUGUCUCAAUGGUGAAUUUUAUCGCGAUGCAAACGCGCUCAUACUCUAUACGUCGGGAACCACUGGGAAGCCCAAAGGUGUAGUUUUAAGCUAUUCAAACCUUGAUGCACAGUACGAUGCUUUAUUACAUGCUUGGCAGAUCACUAGUGGUGACUCUGUUUUACAUGCACUACCAUUGAAUCACGUUCAUGGCACAAUUAACGCUCUCAAUAUGCCGCUAGCAGCUGGAUCAAAAUGUGUAAUGUUGCCAAAGUUUGACAGUAGCAGUGUAUGGAGUUAUCUAUUGAAUGUAAACAUGACGACAAAAGAGAGAGUAAACAUAUUCAUGGGUGUACCCACAAUGUAUAAUUUGUUAAUUCAGGAGUAUGACAGCGUCUUCGGCAAGAAUGCAAGGAUGUGCGAUUAUGUUAAGACUCACUGUAAAAAUAAAAUUCGCCUCAUGAUAUCUGGGUCUGCGCCAUUGCCGGGAACCACAUUCAAUCGCUGGCAUCAAAUCACUGGUCAUAACUUGCUAGAACGGUAUGGAAUGACUGAGACUGGUAUGGCAAUUUCUAACUCAUAUAUUCAGGAUAGUACUCGUGCCAGAGUACGUAGCAGUGUGGGCUUACCUUUGCCAGGAGUCAUUGUUAAAAUCGUCGAUAAUGAACGAAAGAAGGAAGUUAUAUUAGAAGGCAUAAGAAACGAAGGCUUCUGGAAUCAGACGCCGAAUUCCGUUGUACUCAAUUCGUCAUGUAAUCAGUCCAUAGCAGGUGGUCUAUAUAUUAAAGGGCGUUCCGUUUUCCAGCAAUACUGGCAGAAACCAGAAGAAACCAGCAAAGAAUUCGAGGACGGUUGGUUUAAGACAGGCGAUACUGCUGAGUAUGUUGAUGGUAUAAUCAAAAUUUUGGGUCGCUCUUCUGUUGAUAUGAUCAAAUCUGGUGGCUACAGAAUAUCUGCUUUAGAAAUUGAAACCGUUCUUCUCGAGCAUCCAGAAAUUAAGGAUGUUGCUGUAGUUGGUCUCCCCGAUGAAACAUGGGGAUCUAAAGUCGUUGCACUAGUCAGCGUAAAGGAUGAUAAAGCAUUCGAUAUUCCACAGUUGUUGAUCUGGUUAGAGAAUAAAAUUCCUAAGCAUGGGAUGCCGAGGGAGAUAAAACUGAUAUCAGAAGUACCGCGAAACGCUAUGGGUAAAGUAAAUAAAGUUGAAUUGAUUAAAACACUGCAAAAAGAAAAGCAAAAUGAAGAAAAAGUUGUUAAGUAAAUACGGGCGAGAAAGUUAAAUUUGGUAGCAUUUGGCCUGAGAUGUGUUCGAAAUUAAAUUACCGUUCCAAGUGUUGUACACCGAGAUAUGAAGUUAAUCUCUUUUAAACGAGCUAGACAGCUAAAUAAGAUACUGCCCACAGCAGGCGGAUUGUGCUACAGACUGAAAGACUGCGGUGGCAAUAUAUCGAUUGUGUAGCGUUUGCAACAAGUGUAUGCGCAUCUGUUAAUAAUCUAUAACACAUAUAUUAUACAGCAUAGUGUACUCCUUAAGCUAUCUGUAUGUAACAUAAUGCUUAUGGUCGAGUUUAAGCCGAGUUGCCACAAAUGACGAAAAUAAAUUCAAAAAGUCACAAACUCUGUUA